GUAAAAGGCAGCAUCUUUUUUAUUAUUAUUUUUACCGGGUCUUUUGGAUGCUGCUGCUGUUGAGACGAGUUGCACUUAGAAGUAAAAGGCGGUCAGAAAUAGGAGAUGGCAGAUACUGAAAGCACAGUCAUAAACACCAGUGUGAUCCAGAAAGAUCCAAACGAAGCUCUAGUUAUUGCUGUGACUACGAGGGCCAUUUUCAACCUGGAAAAGGAGCAUGAGAUCUUCUUGAUGAAGGGGAAAGAUGAGUACCUGAAGCAUCAGCAAGCUAAUGAGAACAACCCCUUGGAGCAAGGGACAGCCUUCGCUUUUAUUCAGGCCAUACAGUCUGUGAACAAGAAGCUUCUUGAAAGGUACCCGGAGGAGAAGGGUCUCUUUGACGUCAUUGUUCUCUCCAAUAAUAGUCCAGCAAGUGGUGUCCGCAUCAUCAACAGUGCUAAAAAAUAUGGUCUGGAGAUUUCCAAGUUUUGCUUUGUCAGUGAUGAAGAUUCUACUCAGUACUUGAAGACCCAUAAUGUGAAGCUUUUUCUCUCAGCUGACAGGACAGAUGUGUGCAAUGCACUUCAGCGGGGCGUUUCGGCAGCCCUCAUCUUCCAGCAAGAGAUCCAGGCUCCCAGCACCCAACUGCGUGUUGUUUUCGAUGGUGAUGCUGUACUCUUUUCAGAUGAGACCGACCGUGUCUUUCGUGAGGAAGGGCUGGAGGAGGCUGUAAAGUAUGAGAAGAGUAUGGAAGGUGUGCCCAUGGGAGAGGGCCCAUUGAAAGCCUUUGCUUUGCACCUUGGGAAAAUGCGCAAGAAGUUUGAUCAAGAGGAUUCCCCCAUCCGCACCUACCUGGUUACUGCCCGCAGUGGCCGUGACAUGGGCACCCGGGCCAUCAAAACCCUCAGAGAAUGGGGCCUGGCCAUUGACGAAGCCUUCUUCAUGGAUGGAGCGCCGAAGGGCCCCAUAUUGUCCAAGAUCCAGCCCCACAUUUUCUUUGAUGAUGGUCUUCACAAUAUCCAGGGGGCCCAGGAUGUUGGCAUACCCUCUGCCCUGGUCCCUUGUAACUGCAAAGAGGGACCAAAGGCACUCAAUAUCGUGAUGUAGGAAGAGACCAAGUGACAGCUGGGCAAGGUUUCUGGCCGAAGGGACAAGGGUGAAGCUCUGAAUCCACCUGGACCACAUUUUGGGACAAAGGGAACGAAACUGCUGUGAAAGGAUAUGAUGCAUUAUCACGAUAUAAUUGGCACAGCAGAAAGCUCAAAAUGCAAAAAGAAAAGAUGCUUGAAAUAGAAUAAAUUGAUGACUUCUUGUCCUCUGCCUUAA